GUCGCUGUGAGAACACAAAAGGGAUCCAAGUGCGGGGAGCGUGGGGAGAGCGUUGAGAUGCAGCUGUACGAGCGCGGCCCCCUGGGCCCUUCCCCUGCGCUGCCGGGGGGGAAAAUGAACAAGUUCCGUGUUGGUUGAGGGUUGUUUGUCCUUCCUGCUGAGGAAAGGCUGCGGGACCUGCGGCUGUUCAGGCUGGAGAAGAGGAGACUGAAGGGGGAGCUCAGUAACAGUGACAAGUACUUAAAGGAUCCCAAGGAGCUGCCGGCUCCGACAGCGGGGCCAUGGCCGAGGAGACGCCGGCUGCUGAGGCAGAGGGACUCCUGUGGAAGGUGCAGGAGCUGGAGGAGGAGGUGAAGCGGCUGCGGGAGAAGCUCCGAGAGGCCGAGGGAGGCGGCGGGGGGCAAGAGGCUCCCACGGCCCCAGGCAAGGGCAAGAGGCGCCAACAACGGCCCUUCGACUUCGGGGCUCACGGCCGCAGGCACGUGGCACUGAAGGUCGCCUACCUGGGCUGGGGCUACCAGGGGUUUGCCAGCCAGGAGAACACCAGCAACACCAUCGAGGAGAAACUCUUUGAAGCCUUGAAGAAGACGCGGCUGGUGGAGGACAGGCAGAGCUCCAACUACCACCGCUGCGGGCGGACGGACAAAGGAGUCAGUGCCUUUGGCCAGGUGAUUUCCCUCGACCUUCGCUCCCGCCCGCCGGAGGGGAAGCAGCUGGACGACGGCGAGGGCAGAGGCGAGGGCGGAGGCGAUGGGGAGGCCGAGCAGCUGCGCUACACCCAUAUCCUCAACAGGGUGCUGCCGCGGGACAUCCGCGUGCUGGCCUGGGCGCCCGUGGGGCCGCGCUUCAGCGCCCGCUUCAGCUGCCUCAGCAGAACCUACCGCUACUUCUUCCCCUGCGCCGGCCUGGACGUGGCCCUGAUGCACGGCGCCGCCCAGAGGUACGUGGGCACCCACGACUUCCGCAACCUGUGCAAGAUGGACGUGGCCAACGGGGUGACCAACUUCCAGAGGACCGUCCUCAGCGCCGGCGUGACGUGGGCGGACAGGGGAGAGGCGGCGCCGCGGGAUCCCUUCCGCCUGUGCCAGUUCCAAGUGACGGGACAGGCCUUCCUGUACCACCAAGUGCGCUGCAUGAUGGCCGUGCUCCUCCUCAUCGGCCAGGGCAUGGAGAGCCCCGAGGUCAUCGACCAGCUGCUGGAUGUGGACAGGAACCCCUGCAAGCCGCAGUACAGCAUGGCAGUGGAGUUUCCCCUGGUUCUGUACGACUGUGAGUUUGAGAACCUUCAGUGGAUUUACGACCGAGAAGUGCAGGAGUUCAACGUCACACACCUGCAGCAGCUCUGGGCUGAGCACGCCGUCAAGACUCAAGUGCUCCGUGACAUGUUGGGAGGGUUGGAUGCUGCUCCCGUGGCUCCAGGGAAAGGCCUGGGGAGCACGUGGGGGGACCUGCAGCCCCCCGUGUGCAGCCAGCUCAGCGGCUUCGUGGAAGGCGUCCGGGCGCGCAGCUACAAGCCUCUGCUGGCCCGGCCCCGCUGCGAGGGGCUGGAGGCUCGGAUCCGGCACUUCGUGCGCAGGGGCCGCAUCCCAGCGCCCCAGGGGCUGCAGCCGGGGGCGGCACAGGCCGAGCAGCAGCCCCCCGACAGCAAGAGGAACCACGGCAGCAGCGGCCCGGCGCCGGAGCAGCCCCCCAAGAGGGUGUGUGUGGACGGGGAGUGAGGGCGAGGGGGCUCCUCGGCGGCACCUCGGCGGCUCCGGGGGGAGGUUUUGGCACUUCCCAGGUGCUGGUUUUGGAGGUUUUUGUGGCCCUGGCAGAGUGCUGCUGCAGCCUGGGGGAGCCCCAGCGCUCCGAGACCCCCCCAGCCCCGCGCCCAAGCGCGUCCCCCGCCCCGGCCGGUGCUGCCUCCUCCCGGCUUCAGGGGUUCGAGCAGGGCAGAGAGGGGCCGAGCCCUGGCCCAAGCUGCCCCGUCUCCCUGCUGCUGCCAUCGGCGAGGGAGGGCUCCGCGGUGCUGGGCGGCAGCUCCUCGCUGCCCCCUCCCGGCCCCGCAGCCGGGGCCCUGCCCGUGGGCUCCAUUUGUCAUAAAUUUCAGUUCAAAGCGGC